UCUUCCUUUUUCGUCAAUCGCACCACGCAGCCAUGGACAUUCUCCGAUGGUCUGCUCCGCCUUUGCCCGCCUUGGGAGGCCGAUCGAGAACACCGCAGAUCUCAAAUCUGGGGGCGAUGCGAGCUCAUCAUCUUCGAGGAAACAUCGCUGUUAAUGUUUCUCUAAAAUCUUCUUCAAAUACGGAUAAUGUUGAUGCUGAAGUGAAGGAUCAGAAGUCUGAGACAUAUAGCAAUGAUAUGACAAAAGCAAUGGGUGCUGUGCUGACAUAUAGGCAUGAGCUGGGAAUGAACUAUAAUUUCAUAUAUCCAGGCCUGAUAGUUGGUUCCUGUCUACAGACUCCACUAGAUGUUGACAAACUUCGUAAAAUUGGAGUGAGGACUAUAUUCUGCUUGCAGCAAGACCCAGAUCUUGAAUAUUUUGGGGUGGAUAUUGGUGCCAUCCGUGAAUAUGCCAUUGCAUGUGGUGAUAUUGAGCAUAUUCGGGCUGAAAUUAGGGAUUUUGAUGCAUUUGAUCUAAGGAUGAGACUUCCUGCAGUUGUUAGCAAAUUAUACAAGGCUAUUAAGCGCAACCGUGGAGUAACUUACGUUCAUUGUACAGCUGGGCUUGGAAGAGCACCUGGUGUUGCGUUGGCAUAUAUGUUUUGGAUUGAAGGCUAUAAGCUGAAUGAAGGCCAUCAACUACUGCAGAGUAGGCGAGCAUGCUUCCCGAAGUUGGAUGCAAUAAAAAAUGCAACAGUCGAUAUGCUUACAGGACUAUCUAAGAGCCCUGUGACCCUAAUGUGGAAAGAUGGUGGAUGUUCCUCGGUAGAGAUUUCUGGACUUGACAUUGGAUGGGGACAGAAAAUUCCUCUGAAGUUUAACAAAGAUCAGGGAGCAUGGAUUCUUGAGAAGGAAUUACCUGAGGGACGUUACGAGUACAAGUAUAUAGUUGAUGGUGAAUGGAUGUGCAACGAACAUGAGUUGUUGACAUUUCCAAACAGUGACGGUCAAGUAAACAACUAUGUCGAAAUUAUCAAUAGGGACAUGAGCACCGAGGCAAUGAAUUUAACGACCCAUUUGAGAAGCAAAGAUGCUGACCUUACAAAGGAUGAAAGACAGAUGAUCAGGGAGUUAUUUGAACACUUUAACAACUAGCGGCCAAUUCAUAUAGCCUUCUUUUUCCUGAACAAAAUUUACUCUCGGUUCUACUUUGUGUUUGAGGAUCAAUGCCACCUUGAAAGGUUAAGUUUGAUCAAAACAACUGCGAUAAAUAUACAUCAACAGUUGUAUAGGUUUGAAAACUUCUGCUCAUUAUAAGCACAAUAAAUUCUUUCACUUGUUGUAAGCAAA